AUGCGGAAGGCAAACGCGUGUUCGGGUGACGGCUCUCUUCGACAAGAUCAACAACAAAAUGCGCGCUCAUCCUCUAGAAGCACCCCACUCAACACAAGAUCGAACGCCAAUAUCUUUGCUCAAGAAUACAUCACAAGAUCCGGACCUUCACAAAGAUUACGAUCUCUCCCAUGCUUAACUUCUGCACUCAAUCUUCACAAUUGUUCUCUCUUCUUAUGCACACUACAGAUCCUUCAGCCAGCUAGCAUUAUUCUUCAGCGUGAAACUACCCACUACCGCAUACUGAUACUGGUGUUGAAGCUGAUCUUUGGUCAUCCUCGUUGA